AUGGCUAAGACAGGACAGGUUGACCGACUAGAGAAUGUUGUAUACUCCGGUCAAGGUGCUCUGGUGCUUUCUCUUUCUAAAUCCUGGAACGAAGAUGUGAGAGGACUUAUCAAAAAUAUUCCACAAAUUCAGGAAGAGAUAAACAACAUUCAUUCCAGUGUCCAGGAGGAACACCUAGAAAACCUUACUAACAUAAAGAAUGUAAAAGCUAAGCUGGCAGUUCAAGAAAAAAAUUGGAAUUCCUUAGUUGACAUAGUUCUUAGAGGGGAGGGUUCAGCUCUUCUAGGCUUAGAUUCAGACGAUCCUGAAGUUUCCGAAUUUCUGUUAAACAUUCCAAAUUUUGAAGAGAAACGUCGAAAAAUUCAUCAAGCUGUUGCCUCUGGAUCCUUGAAGGAGCUACGUCUACACCUGGACAGAAGAAAGUUCUCCCAAUCCUUGGAUCCUGGAACCCUGGUCAAUAUUCUACACAAAUCAAUUCUUUUCGGACACUCACAACUUUCAAGAUAUUUGAUAAAUUCCUUUCCAGAGCUGAUAAAUCUGAAAGACUCAAGGGGCCGAACUCCCCUCCAUUAUGCUGCUUGUUUAAAGGAUGAAUAUAAUCUUUAUAAAAUUAUGAUAAACAAAGGAGCAGCAACAUCGACACAAGAUCAGGAUGGACUAACUGCAGGGCAAUACUUGAAACUUGGAAAUAAGUUUACAAAAGAAAAACUUCUUCAAUUUGUUAGUUCCGGGGAACAUGGAAUUGGACUGAAAUAUGGAAAAUCAGGAAUAGUGAACCAGGAGUCCGAGAAAUCAUAUUCAGAUUUGGAACCUAAUCAAGAGCAGAUAUCUGAUUCCCUGGAUGGAGAAACUAUAAAGCAGAUAGAACGAAAGUUUGUUAAACUGCAAACUCUAAAUCAAAAGUGUUUACUGAGAAGGAUAUUGACUAGAGAACUGUACAGUACAAUUCAAACAAGUCAGAGGGUCUGUUGUAAGUGGAGCAAAUUUAUCUCAUCUUCUCCAGGUUGAGCUCCUGCAGUCUGGAGGUGUAUACGGAGAAAUAGGUCUCCGAGCCACAGAUCCUUCAGUUUAUACCGUGUUUGCUCCUUUAUUC